AAAAUGAACAUAAUGACCAAUGCUUUAAUGCUUUAUAUAGAUUGAUUUGGUGUUGUUGUGACUCAGUUUUCAGGAUCUCAUAGGUGAGGUGAGAUAUGAUAAAAAUAAUGCUUCAGUAUCUUCUGCAUAAUUUAAGAGUCAUUGUUAUUUGGGACACAACCUACACUUCGGGCGUGGAAGCUAGUUUUUUUGGAUAUGAUGGUCUGGAUUGAAAACAGACACUAGCAUAAUGUUAUAAUACUAUAUAGCAUUGAAUUGUGACCUUCAAUUAGGGAGCUAUUUGGUGGGCAUUCUAUUGCUCAUUAUGUACUUUUGCUUGAAUCAAUGCAUGAUAUUGCUAUAGCUGAUCAAUUCUUUAGUAUUUGUCCAACUUGAAGUUUUUCUAAUCAAUUCAAUGGGCUGAAGCUGCCUAUUUCACUUUUAUUUCUUUGUUUCUUUCUUCUAUAGUUUCUUCCAUUUUCUUUUCUUGUCAUUCUUCUCUGAAAUUUUCCCUUUCGGGGCAUAGUGCUGACCACGUAGUCCAGAGGGUCCUUUUUUGUCCCUAUAAAGACUGUAUUGUUGGGCAGAAAUUCUUACAUAUCUAUAUUUUCCAUUAACACUGCAGCUGAUUGAUGGAUUUUAGGCCUUGCAGAAUGAAUUACAAGGAUAAGUUUGGCCACUCGAAAGGCACCAUGAAUCUUUUGUAUCUUCUUCUGAGCUUUCUGAGUUUAGAAGCACUAUUUGUUUUGGUGUGCUGUUUAUAUAGAAAGAUAUGUUUGCAGGAAAUUUUAGAUGGAAAUUCGCCAGGCUGAUGCUUCUUUACUUGUCUACAGUUAUAAAAAAGGCAUACUUCUUGCUGCAGCUUUGGUGGUGGUACUCACAAGAACUGUAACUCAGCUGUUAGCAAGCACAUGGCUGUUAUGAACAUGGCAAUUCCAUCUGAGUUGAACGAGGAUAGGAUCAGCAAUCUUCCGUGGAAUGUCCAAGACAUUAUUUUUGGGAAGCUACCAUUAGUUGAUGCUGUGAGGACUAGUGUUUUGGCAAAGGAAUGGAGAUACAAAUGGCUUUCCCUCUCAGAGUUUACCCUCAAUUCUGAUGUAGUUACUUCUGUGCGCAAGGCUGGGGACCUUAAAUGGGAGAUAGUUGCUAGUAUCAUCAACAAAUUCCUGAUUCAUCACAGCGGCCCAAUCAAAACAUUUUCCCUGAAGACAUAUUGUCGCACACAUUAUCCUGAUAUGUAUCAAUGGUUUCAGUAUCUCUCAGAACAAGCUGUCGAGGUAUUAAUAUUUGAAGAGUUCUGCAGGGAACCCUUUGAGAUGCCUUCACAUCUGUUUGCGUUUAAGAAACUGAAGUUCUUGUUCCUGAUGAACUGUUCUUUACAAAUUCCAUCUACCUUUGGAAAAUUCAACUCUCUGAGUGAACUCAUCCUCAGAGAGGUUUCAAUAAAUGAUGAUGAUGUUGAGAAGCUCAUUAUUGGCUGUCCUCACCUUCUCAAGCUGACAUUGCUGAGCAUAUCUGGGUUAAAACAACUAAGAAUCCGUUCAUCCAAUCUUGCUGGAUUGCUGAUAGACUGUGGAAUUCAAGAUAUUGUUGUUCGAUUUGCUCCAUCUUUGGUUAUGAUCAGUAUUGCUAUCGCUUUCCUGGGGCCAAGAAUGGUGAUCACUCUCAAUUGGUACAGUGUUAUUCGCUGUUUGUCCGGUUUGAUUUCCCUUGAAAAACUGAUUUUAUCUGGAGACUUUAUUAAGCACUUGGCCAAUAAUUAUGGACUUGAUAAUUUUCCAUUGAGGAAUGAUACUCUUACGUCUCUUAUCCUUCACAAUAUAAGAUUCGACGCGAUUGAAGUGUUCCGGGUUGCCCUUUCUCUGCUAAGCUCCUCCCCAAACAUCAAAAAUUUCCGCCUUGUUGUUGAAUCAGCCAAAGGUCCGAAGCUGAUCACAAAUUUCUUUAAGGAAAUUCGAGGACAAUUCUGCUUCUCUGAGCUCCAAUCAAUGACAGUGGUAUAUCCUAUGAGUGUGGGCAUGGGAUCUACUAUGAACUUUAUCGAAUUCGUUAUUGCUCAUUCCCCAAACCUCAAGUUUUUAAACAUCGAAAAGGGAGGGACAGAUAUGAAUGAUAUCCGGGCUGCCAGGAUGUUUGCGCGGUUCAAUAAAUUAUGCCUGCAUGCUGAAAUUCAUUAUAAACAUCGUGAGAGGCUUCUUCCUUAUGUGUGAUGAUAUCUGAUGAACGAGUUGGUGGUUGGGAAUCAAGCUCACGAGUCAUUGCUUCAGCAAGAUGAUCUCUGGUAGUAAGAGAAACUCUUUAAUUUGCUUUAUAAUGCAAUCUUGAAUAAGUGUAGACAGUACUCCGAUUGCUUCACUAUUUAAACUUUGAAAGUGUAAUAUGUCGUUUUUUAUCCUCUCUUUAGUACUUUUCACUGGUGGGAAGACGUUUUUAUGUUAUGUUAUUGUGUUUUUAUGAACUA